AUGGUGAACCGACGCAGUGGACUAGGAUACGAAGACGGAGAGUCCUCUAACGCAAACCCCGACUUAGCCCAAAUCAUGCAAGCGUUCAUAACAGCUUUGAAUGCCAACAGCCCAAACCAAAACCAUGACGAUGGACCUAUGACUCGAACCCAGGCAAUGAACGAGUUCUGCAAACGACGACCUCUGACCUUUCACGGAGAUACCAACCUCAUCGUGGCCGAGACAUGGCUAAACGAGGUCAAAAUGAUCCUUAGAACCUUAGGGAUCACCCAAGAUGGAGAUCGUGUGGCCUUGACCACAUACCAGCUGAAGGGAGAAGCUCGUUACUGGUGGGAUCUAAUGGAGGUAACCCAUGCCAUAGCCACCAUGACCUUUGCCAAGUUCGAGACCCUGUUUCUCGACAAGUACUUCCCCACACCCCUUCGUCUGGCCAAGGAACAAGAGUUCCUAAAUCUAAAACAGGGAAUGAUGAUUGUUACCUAA